UGUGCUUUCAAAACAAAAAAGCUAGAAAUCGACUCUUGGGAAAUUCCUGCUCACCUUCCUUUUCCAACCUAUACUCAUCUCCGGCAGAGACCAACCGACGAGAUCUUCCCGGCCACUUCGUUCGUUACCUCAAGUCGCCGACAGCUCAAAUUAGGACAGUUGUAUAUGAGACAAUUUAGUUCAUUAGAGACAAAUCUUAAGAAAUAGCCAUACAGUCUUCUCCACUUCAAACCUCCAUUGAAAUCUCCCAGAACCGGCCAUGACAGUCCAUUGGCCCUUUCCAUCCUUUGUACCUUAGGACAACUCUCCAAAUGGACACUCUUCUAUGAUUGUUGACUCCGGAGGUGCACUCCCACCGCAAGCACACGUCCUUGUCUUGGGAGUCACUCGAACGUUGCGAAAAGGACCAAAUUUGGAAAAAAGAAGGCCGGCUUUUACCAAACCAGCAGCGGUGGUGUAACGGCAGAGACAAUAAUGUAAUCGAGCCUUUGUGGUCAUUAGCGUGCCUGUGUUCUGACAAUCGCAUUCCAUGGUGCCUCCCGAUGACCAACGGGCUGCAACUGGCCCCCUUUUCCUUCCUUUUGCUAAGCAUUGAGUCACCAAAGCCCUCUCACUUUUCGAAUCGCGCUCUUUGUUUUGCUUUGGUUUCCGAUUUUGGUACAUUUCUGGUGUAUGGUAUCCGGCGUCUGUGCGGUUCCGUGUUGUCUUCUUUCUUUUAUUUUUCCUCAUUUCCGUAAGGAAUAAGGCAUCAGCAAUCUAGAGGUGGGUGUUGUACUUUAGCUGCCAGUGCCAGCUCCAAUCAUCGUCAAGAGAAGCGCAGAUAUACUUGUAUCCUCCUCGAUCUUCUCGUGUGCCCGUGUGAAGUUCCAUCACCAUCUUCAUUGUUCUUCCUUUUGAUGCCACGGUAACGGCAUCUAUGAAAAAAAGUAUCCCAUAGUCCUCCCGUUUUCUCAGUCGAGACAUUUGGUUGUUGUUGUUUUUGUUCCACUGUGUUGAUUAUUUGGAUUCAUCAAGUUGGUGGUCUUCUUUUCCCCGUUUUUUCUUCAUUAAAACAAGAAGGGGACUGGCCAACUUGUCCAUUUUGAAGAGGGUGGUUUGGGAUUGAGAGAACUUUUUGACUGGUACCAUUGCAGAAAUCGGCUUUUCAGAAACCAUUGCUAGGUAUGUUUGGUGACUCGAUGAGUAGUUGGUGCUAGUUUUUCUGAUGAUGGUGAGUUAAUCUCGUAUUUGAAACCCUUCUCCUUUUGGCCUGUGAUGUCGGAACAGGGUUUUCUUCUCCCCUGUUUGGGCAUAUAUUUUCUUAUAGAAGGAUGCACUUCCAGAUAAAUCUACUGAAGUGAACUUUCUAUCCGUCCAGGCCAAUGAAUGCUUUCACUAUUCCAUUGUUUUUCGCCUAGAUGGGUGUCAUUGUUUCAAAUUGUUUCCGAGUUUUGAGCGCCCUUUCUUACUGGUACUACUCAUUGUUUCGUAAACCGGAUAACUUUUUCUGUAUAUUCGGAUGUGGGAAGUUCAUUUAGGCCACUUCCACUCUGAUCCUGGUCUUGAUCGUGAAAUACAUGAUAGACCGGAGAAUGUGAUGUCUUCUUUUGAAAACAGAAAAGACCGAGAGUUAUGAUUUUUAGGGCUUAUUUAGAUUAGUUUCAAGGUUAGUUAAUCGAAGAAUAAACCAGUCCAGCAUUUUCUCACGCAUUUUGCGUAAUAUGCUUAUUCUUCAUCAUAAUAUUCUUAUUGGAUUCAGGUUGCAAUUGUAUUGCUGAUAAGUGUCUCUGUAUGGUCUUGCUUACCAAGACUACUGGUGGGAGAUCAUGGGGCGCAAGAAAGAUGGAGUCUCUUCUGUUAAUUUCCCAAGUCAAGAAAUUCAAGGGUCAUGCAAGAAGAAAACAAAGUAUCGGCUAACCAAUUUUUUAGCUUCAUUUUUCAAGGGAAAACGACGCAAUAAGCUCCUCCCGGCUCCUACCAUAGGUUUUGUUGAGAAGUUUUCAGGUUCCUGCAAGAAGUUGUUCAAGAAAAAUCUAAAACCAUCAAAACCGGAAGAUAUACUCAAUGGUUCUGAUGGUUUCCCUCUUCAUGGGACACGAAGGUCAGACAUGAAAAUCGGCAUUCGGUCUUUAGAAGAAAAGAAACAUGUUAAUUCUCAAAAAGUCAUUGGAGAAUGCACCACUUCAAGAAAAGAAAAUGCCACAGAUUACCCAGACUGUAAUGGAGAUAAGGUAAAAGAUGGUAUUCGGGAGUUGAUUUGUGAGGAUCCUGCUGGUAAAACUUCUUCUUUAAGUUUUGAGUACAGUGCUUUGCCUGGCCCAGCUUAUCCAAAAUCACAUUGUAAUCCUGUUCGUCGUAGCUGGAGUCUUUCUGGAUCUACGGUGAUGGAAAAACUGGAGCCAAAGUUACAGAGUUACACAACCACAGUUAGAACUGACAAGAGACAAGUGGUUGCAAACAAAAAGCGGAAGCCCAGUAAGUGCCCAAAAAGGUGCAGUUCUGUUCCUUCUAAUGAGAAAGCCACACCAGCAUCCGCUUGCUCCUUUCAGUUCUUUGUCAGCUGUGAGGAGGGAAUUAAUCUUUAUGUUGAUUUAAAUGGAGAUUCGUCUGAUUGGAUUAAGGACUUGGAGGGGGAAGUAUGUAUUGAUCAGCAUGGGGGGAAUCUGAAGCCUAAUUUUAUUAAUCAUUUAGCGAGUAGAUCAAAGUAUGUCAACAAUCAAUUAGACACUUCACCAUCUGGCUUGCUGGAACAAGGUUCACAAAGUCUGCAUGAGAGCAGUAAUAGUGCCUUAUUGUUAUCUGCUGCUGACUUUGAUGGAGAAAAAGCUGUUGUACCUUCAGUUAAUUGUGUUUCAACAUGUGGACAAACUGUGAAUAUUCUGGAUGCUCGUCAGAAGGUUGGUAGUGGCGGUGCUUCUUGUCUUCCAGAGUAUCCUGCCACUCUGGAGUGUCAGCCUUCCAAUGUCAGUGAGUCUUGUAUGGUCAAUGCAUUAGGAAGUCGUGUAUGUAUGUCCAAUGAGAUUAUCUAUCAUUUAGGUAAAGGAGAUUCUCCAACUUCAGCUGAAAUGCAGGACGUGGUCCAAUUCAAUCACGACUCCCUUCCAGAAAAUAAUGAUGUAUGUGAUGGUGUAUCAUCGAGUUGCUCUAUAAGAAAGAUUCCAUCUGUGGAAGCUGUAAAAUGCAGUGAAGAGACUUUGAAUUUGUUGGCUUCCUGUUCAUGUGGAGUUCCAUGCUUGGACAUUUUUACAAAUGCUGAACAGCCAGAGAGAUCAGAAAUGCUGCAGCAGCAGCCACAACCAGACUUAAAUAGAGAUGCUGGAGUACCACUUGCUGGAAAUUCCAUACUCGAGUUUCCUAUGGAAGAGGAUGAUGGAUUUAUGAAUCAUGCCAAGAAUCCAAACUUGAUACAGGCGAAUAAUUCUUCAGACAUGAUACAAGGACAGCCCCAUGGUUCAGAAGAUUGUGAAGAAUAUGAAAACACAAGGCAGAGCAGCAAUGUUCAAAAUUACCAUGGCAAAAAUGAGUCUACAUCAGUUAAAAGUUUAAGGAGUAUUAAAGAUAUAGCUAGGGGAUCAAGUAACAUCAUGACAAGCUCUACAAGGAGAAGAUCUAUGCGUGAGCUUGGAGGCCUAUGAAGGCAACGGACGCAGUUCUUUUGUAAGUGAGCUUGGAGGACUAUGAAGGCAAAAGAUGCGGUCGGCAAUCUCUGAAUUACAGGUGGAAAGACAACCUAUUGACCAAAUAUACCCAAGUUAUUCUUCAAAACCAAUCAGUAAGUCAUUAAUCUGUGUUCUUUACAAAAGCACUCUACCAAUGUGGCACAAAUUCUGCACCACCUGGAGUUGCUUUGGUAGCGGCUCCAACCUGCCCACAUUGCACAAUUUGAGAAGCUAAGCUAUGUUGACAAUCCACGUGGAUGAGUUGCUUGACUCUAUAGAUGACUUGGGUGGAUGUCAAGUCUCUGCUGCAGGUUGAAUCUGUUAUCUUUUAAUCAGCUUCAUCAGUUGGAUUUUGUCUAAAUUCUCCCUACUCCACAAUUCACCUUUGAUCUUCAGCUGGUCAGAGAAGCCUAUUAGAAUCAGGAACGAUUGGAUGAUCAAUGUUAGGAUACGUGAAGGAUUUUGUUGCUCAGCCAAAAAUGAAAUGGAUGAGGAGCUCAAUUUGACUGUUAGAUUUACUACCUUUGACAAUGUCAAUGAUGGUCUUGUCUCUUCUUUCCUCCGUCCUGCAAACAGCCGUACAAUUGGUGAGCUCGACGUGCACCGUUAUUCCAUAGAUUGAGUUACUGAACUGUUAUCUUUACUUGGAUGUUCUUGUCCUAAUCUGUGCAGUCUGCUCACGAGAGACCAGGUGCUCCAAAACCAUCUCUCCUUGUGUGCUCCUGGAUUGAUGCAGCUCAGGCUGGAACUUGGGUUGGACUGGAGAUGUGUAGUUUGGUAUUCGUAGUUGGCCUGCCUCAUUUGAAGUCAGAUUUGACUCGAUAAAAUUUGGAAAAAAGAUCGUAGGGGAAGCAUCCCACAAAAUAGAGACAUGAAUGGAAAUGAAAAUUCUGGUUAA